AUGACUGAGUCGCUUCCUUCAAUUCCAGAAAAAUCCCCCCUUUCGGCGGCGGAGUGCGUGAAACAGGUAUCAAAGUUGUUAAGACAACUUGAGGCUUCUGGAUUACAAUAUAACCCGGCCCAACCUUUACCAGCGGAGGCGGUGGAACAUAUUCUUAUUACAGACGAGUGGUAUUGCAAAUCAUGUGGCAAUACCGAUUUGAAAAUGUGCCCAGAAACAGGCAAGCCUCAUCGACGACAUUUGGUACGGGUGGCACAAGAGAUAUUGCGACUUGUGGGUUCAAAGACGGGACAAAUAGUUGUACGGCCACCGAAUUUGACGGCUAGCAUGAAUGGAAGAUCACGUCUUCGUAGUCAACGUCGUAUUACAAUGAACCCACAUGCACUUCUACUUGCUUAUUACUAUGCUGUAUUACCAAGUAAUGAAGUGGAUGGACUUAUUUCUGAAUGUGCCCAACAUUUGGUGGAACUUCUUGAGCAAUUAAAAGUUUAUGGUUCACAGGAAGAAGUAGAUGAGCAAUACGCUGCCGCCCUUCUCUCUUCUAUAGGUACUACAUGGCAAGAAUACAGCAAAAAAGCAGCGGAAGACCUUCGUUCUCUUAAGGGUGCGGACCGUCGUGCAUGUAGAUCUGUCCUUGUGAAGGGCACAAAGGAAGCCUACGUUGCUGCUUCACGUGAACUCCGAAAGACACCUUCAAAUAAGGACCUUCGUUCAUUUGUAGGCUUACUUCAUGAUCGUUUGUCGCGCCUGACUUCCCAGGAAGAUCUUAAUGAGCUGGAAGCCACUAUGCGAGAAGCCCAGCGGGAGGAAGAGGAAGAAGAAAAAGCGAAGGAGAAUGAAAGGGAGGUAGGGAAAGAUAAGGAGAGGGAGGCUUCCGCCCCUCAGAAAACACCCGCAAGUCUACAACUCGCCACCCCACCGGCCCCAAUGCUGCUGCUUUCAGAGGGAAACACGAGCGGCUCAGAGACGGAGCCGAUCCCGCCCGUCGUGAUGGGACCGGCGCUCCCUCCCAACUGGUACGUGGACGAACACGGACGUUCCAGACCACCAGUAACAGAUCCUUUGCAGAUUCGUCGCGAGAAAUACGUUCGGCUCGAGUUCCGGGCGAAGAAGGCAUAUGAAACAGUAAUAAAAGUGCCUGAACCGAAGAAAGAUCCAUGGCAAGAGCAAAUCGUAUCAUCAUUAAACGAAGCGCAGUUCGCAUUACUUGCAGAACAAUGCAAUCGACAACCUCCUGAUUUACAAAGUAUUCCUCGUUUUUUAAACCUUGUUAUUGAAGGACUUUUAAAUGCUCUUCCAAGGCGUCUACGCUCUCAAACUGAACAAGAACUUCGUGAUGUUCUUGAUUGGCGCGUUGUACGUCGGUCUGUUAUGGGAAGUCCAGGAAAUAUUGCCGCACUUAUGCGUUACGUUAUGGGAAAAGUUGUAGAGUAUGGAUCCUCUGCUAGAGCAGAAGAAACCCGCAAACUCGCAGAGGAAUUAGGGAAAAACCUUGAAACUUGUACCCCAGACCUUGGUACAGCGGUGUCUAAUACAUUUCGCGUCAUGCUUUCUUCUAUACGCCAACUACACGAAGAUGUUGCCCAAUAUUCACUCAUGUUUAUUACUCAACAAUUACGAGAGAAUGCUGUUUCGUAUAUUCGAGAGUUCAUAAGUGAAUGUCAUGCAAAUGUUGAUCAAUGGGAGAGUUCAUUGUCAUUUAUUCGGCGUUAUUUCAAUGAUAUUCGUGUAAAACAAUGGGCAAAUUCACCUGCUGCCGUCUCAGUAACAGCGUUAACCGAACAGGAAAAAUGUCUUCGUGGAAGUUUGCUCUACGGAUUAUUGGAUUUGCUUCGAAGUGGUGGUAUUCAAUCAGCAGAUCGUUGGCAUGAUUACCCUACUGAAUGCUUUUACUUUGAAAAGUCAGUUGUGUUUUUUGCUGCAAAUACAGUGCAAGAAAGCAGUUUAUUGCUUCUCUUGUCAGGAAGUGUAUCAACAGUUCUUCGAGGAAAAGGAAUUGACUCAAGAGUGGUCAAUGAUAUUUUAAAACAACUACAUGACAAAUUUAUUCAUUUACUUUCUGAACAACUUACUUUGGUAUAUUUGAAGUCAUCUGUGACAAGUCUUAUUGAUGAUGCUAUAACUCAAAAAAAAGUAUCAACCGCUUUAACCGAAAGUGAAAUCAAUCAAAUUCACGGAGCAGUCGAUAAGAUGACUGACACAACAGGACCACUUUACCUGGCUUUUGAAAAGCGGGUUAUUUCGUUUAUCGAGGCAAUUCUCGCACAUGGUCAAACUGAUCCUCCUCCACUGGGUCUCGUAACAGAUACCCUGCGUCGUUUGGCUUCUUUGCUGCAUCAUAUGCUUGAUUUUAACUGGGAAGUUUACCAACCAUUCUACAAGGAUAUGCUUCGAUAUGUGACAGAUGGGGAGUCUGCUAAUUAG